AACUCGCCAGAAGAGUGUCGGGAAGCACACUGGUUGAGGUUGGCUGAGUAUGCUAGCAGCGCGGCUAACGUUAGCCUGCUAUAGCUAGAGUUUAUUCGAUUUAAACAAUCCGGAUUUGAUUGUUGUUUGUUACCAAGGAUACGUGUGUUUUUAUCUCUGCGAGUUCCUUUGUAAAUAAAGGUAAACGUGUAGGUUUUGUUCUUAUUUUCGCGUUGGUAUGUAGUGUCAGACAGAUAAAGCGGCCACCGAGGCUGUUUGCUAAUGUUACUGUUUGCUGUGAGCUAUGCCAUCACAGGACUGCUGUGGUUUGGGGAAUAUCCUCUCCCACCCCCCUUCCCCCUCUGUCAGAGCAUGGCUCAGGAGACCAAUCAGACGCAAGUGCCAAUGCUUUGCACUAUGGGAUGUGGUUUCUAUGGUAACCCCCGCACCAACGGCAUGUGCUCUGUCUGCUACAAGGAACACCUGCAGAGACAACAGGGAGGGGGACGAUCCAGCCCUCCUGGAGAGAAAGCUGCUGCAUCACCCUCAGGAUCACCAACAUCAGCUAGUGUAACUGUGGAAGACACAAAGUCGGAGCUCAGCACAGAAGCAGCAGGAACACCACCUGAGGAACAAACAACCAGAAAGCAAGGAAAGACUGUAGGGCCUUCUGUCAGCCAGCUGACUGGAAGAGCACGGCAAUGCGUGGGCCUGUGGGAGUGCUGUGUUUCUCAGUGCUCUCUGCAGUUGGAGAAAAUUCAGACACUUUCUCCUGCAUGUCAUUGUCCCAGCUCUCCGAGCCCAGUAACUCAACAGAUGACAGCUAUGAGCAUCUCCCAAGAUUCAGGGGCUGUAGACCCUGAUCAAGCAGUGGCUGAGGGAGGAGAGGAGGAAGAGGAAGAGGAGGAGGGUACAUCAAAUAUCACAGAACCUGUGGGUGAUGGAGCACAUGCUUCCUCUGAUGGUGACCAAACUCCUGAUAAAAACAAGAAAAAGAACCGCUGCUUUUCUUGCCGGAAGAAAGUGGGCCUUACUGGUUUUGACUGUCGCUGCGGUAACCUGUUCUGUGCCAUUCAUCGCUACUCUGAUAAACACGACUGUCCCUACGACUACCGGAGUGCAGCUGCUGCACGCAUACGCAAGGAGAACCCCAUCGUGGUGGCUGAAAAAAUCCAGAAGUUAUGAGGACUAAGUGCAAUAAAGUCUCUAAGACUUUGUGAAUUUGAACUAUGGCGACUUGGAUGAAAAACACCUGACAUCGUGGCUUCAUUUGUUCAAGGUAGUCUAAGGCGGGCGGGGUGGGGCAAUGAGGUCGCAGCAGGAGUCAGGACGCGUCCCCUACUAGCAUUUCCCUCCCCCUCUCUCUCUCUCUGCUAGUGACUGCAGCUAAAUCUGAGUGUGUCUGUGUUUUGAGUUUGUAUGAAAGUGUGUGUGUUUGCAUACAUCUGCUUGAAAGUUGGGGGGUGGGGGGGGGGAGAUGUAAGGGGCUUCAUGGACAGUUGAUUUGCCAUGGGGAGGGAAGGAUUUCAUUUUAGCCCUUUUUUUUUUUUUUUCAAACUUGGAGGGAUUGUGUGAGUAGUUUUUUUUUCUUUUUUGUACAAUCCCUGCAGGUAGUUGAAAUAAAAUCGGGAUAAGCUGUUUGGAAACGUGCCACGGGCUGGAUAAUGACACAGGAUUAUCCAGAAGGUGUAGUUAGUUUAAAAAAAAACAAAAAAACAUUUCAUGUGUCAGACGUUUUAAGGGCUUUGGAAUAUUUUUUUCUUAGACUUUAAAAUCCUGUAACCUUUGUAUUGAAAUGGCUUUUUUCCCCCUCUCUCGACUCUCACUCUGUGGAUCCCCACAUGUUCAAGUCCAAAGGCUCAGCAUUUUUUGCAUAUUUCUUUAUUUAUGUUGACUUGUAUGGGUACUGGGUGCAUGAACAGUUAUUGAUUGGGGAGGGAAAGGUCAGAGCAGAUGGAGAACCUUGACUUAACCAAGUGAUUGAAUCCUGUUUUGUUUUUUUGUUAGUUUUUUCUUUCUGUUUUAAUGAGCAUAUGACAUCAGAAGAUCUAUAUUAAUAUAUUGUAGUUAGCUUGAAUUGUGUGAUUGCAUUCUAUUUAUUUUUUAUCGUUUGGUUGGUUUGUGCUGGAGGAUUGGCAGCAUGUGUCAACAAAUUGUUGGGAUUUGCACUUUGCAGUUAUAUUUAAGUAAUUCCAUCUUUAUUCUCUAACCAUGACAGUAAAAUUAUAACCUCUGAAAUAGAUUGGAGUGCAGUUUUGCUGCAGUCUAGUGCAGUAAAAUUGCCUUUUUCUCUUUUUUUUUUUUUUCUUUGAAACAAAGCACAACAUAUAUCAACUGCAGAGCACAAACUAAUGUGCCACACCUGUCUGGUUUUGUUCAGCAUCUUGGUCUUUGAAUUGUAUAUCUGAGCUAUAGAGCAGGCUUGGUGACAGAAAUUGCCUUGUUUUAGGGAUAAGGCGUUCUAUUUGAGGUUUUCCUUGAAAGCUUUUUUUUUUUGUGUUUGUUCUUUGGAGUCGGGAGUGUGGCUCCACGUCUCUCUAACCACCAGCAGACCACUGACACAUGCCGAAUGAAACUUGACCCGGGUCGCAGUUAAGCUACACACAGGAAAAAACAUGUUCCGCUCAGCUACAGCUAAAAUUGUCGCCGUGCUGUGCUUUUUACAUCGCGCUCUGAUUCAAAUGAGUCCUUAUGCAAAGAUCGCUUCUAGCUAGCUUCUUUUCGGGAAGAUCUGACCUAGUGCAUGUGUGCAGUUGGACAUGAAUCGCCGCGUUGCAAGUUGACUGCAUAGUUGGUAAUGUCGAAGCUGUAACGAAUAGAAGACCACACAGCAGUAGCACAGUGCAUGGCUGAAACCUUUGGGGUUUAGGUUAACAGGACUCAGCAGUUUGGGGUUUGUUUUUCAAAUGUAAAUAACAUAUGGCUCCAAUUCAUAUAAUAUAAUCUUUAUGUAGAUUAUUGCCAGGUCAUUAAGGUGAUGGAUUGAGGUGAAGAACAGUACUAUGUGUAUUAAAGUGCUUUUCAUAAUUAUCCGCAAAAAAGAAAAGUGCCCUUACUGGCACUGACAAUUUCACCAAUUUAUUACCCCAUUUAAUGUACAUUUACAUGUAAAAUUCAGUGUUUUCUGUAUGCCAUCCACUACUUAUAUCUUCACCAAGCCAUGCAUCUUCAGUUUGUUUUUUUCUACAGUCAUCCUUAAGCAUUUAACAUCCUUUUCUUACUCUGUAUCCCAAACCAGGCUUUUACCCUGCCUAAAAAGGCCGCAGUGACAUUCAGGUAGCAGUUGAGGUUUCACCUUUUCAUUAUUUAAACUUUCACUGUAAACAUCGCUUGAUCUUGAUCAUUAAGUAUUUAUAAAAGAGCGGUAAAAAAGUCGCGAGGACAUUGCAGGUUUUUUUUUUUUUUGUUUUGUUUGUUUUUUCCAAAACAAGCCAACGCAGAUUGUGACCGAUGUGAAGCUUUUCUUCUGAGAUGAGUUCUGCUUUAAUUCCUCCAUUUGAAUUCCUGUUGAAGUCUCUGUGUUGGUGAUGGACAUGUCUGAAUGGCUGCUGGGGUGAGGACUUGGCAUGCCAAUACCGAGCCCAUUUACCUGCGAUAGGCUGAGCAUCUACAAACCCUGACUGUGAUUAAUUUCUCCUGCUGUUUUGCAUCUAGUGGAAAAUUGAAAUUCAGAGGGGAGUGAAUCUUGGGUGACGUCUGUCGAGACGAAUCUCUCUUUACAAAGACUUAUAGCUGGUGCAUCUCUGAAUAUUUAAACAUAAUUCCCGGACUUUCGAUACAGAACAUCUAUCGUCGCUUUACAGAUGAUUUGUACAAUGAUUGUUCAGCUGCGUAAAUCAUGGGGGUUCCAUGGUUUGUGCCUAUUAAUGACGGCUCAUAUCAGUAAACCAACCCAGUAAACAUGCUUUUCCUAACAAAUAUGGGCAGUUUGAAUGUAAACCACAAUAUUUCACACAACACAUGACGAUGUCAAUUUAACAGACUAUUUGGGUUUUAUUUUGACUGUUGAUUUGAUAGCCAGUUGUCCUUUUUGCAUAAAUUGAACCACUAACAUUGCUUGGACUGUGAUUUGGCACCAGCAAUUAGGGUUAGCAUUCCUACGUAAUCUUGGUUCUGUCAGUACAUGAACCUUUUUUGUUUUUCCUUUGUGUUGAUUAUGUUCUGCCAUCUUCAAUUCAAUGUUAACAUAGCCGUUCAUAAUAGAUGUAUUCAUCAUACAGGAGGUUUGAUAAUGAUAAAUCAACACCUUAUGACUCUGGUUUAAGUUUUGUUUCACUUCAGGAGUAAAGGCAAAUUACGAUUAUUUUGAUCACUGUCGUUAAAGAUUGAAUUGUAGAGAUUUCAAAUGAAAUUUACUUUGUGCAGAGAUCUAGUUCUUGUCCCUUCGCACUCCAGUCCCCCAGAGACACCACCGGAUAACUUUUUUUUUUUUUUCUUUUAAGAGUUAGGAUUGUAUGAUGUGUAAGAUUAAGUAUAAAACAAUAAAAUCACAAAGUUUAUUUUAAAGUA